UUUGACCACAAUUGGAAUAAUAACGCUAAACAAAAUGAAAUUGUUUUUAAUUGCUGUGGCCUUGGUGGCUGUAGUCGUAGCUGAUGUUUCUGAACUAGGUUACAAUUAUCCUGAAGGUAGACCAGCCUUCGAUGAUGGUGCUGGCAGUUAUGGAAGUGCCAGUCAGACAUCAUCUUCUUAUGGUAGUGUAGGCCACUCAUCUGGUGGUUUCGGUGGUUCUGGUGCCGGUGGCCAUUCAUCUGGUGGCUUUGGCGGUCACUCUUCUG